AUGGGUUCUAUCUACUACCUGAACAACGGAGAGAAAGGGGUAGAGGAAACCCGCCUCAACUGGCUUCACGACAAGGUCAUCAUGCCCAUGGUGAGGAACGUGCUGUUGCCACCGCACAUCAAGGCCGACCUCGCUGCCAUGUCCGCGCCCCUGAUAGCCGAUAUUGGCGCCGGGUCAGCAUCAUGGCCGGUAACCGUGGCGAGAGAGCUCCCGCAUGCUCGGAUCCGCGGUUUUGACAUGGACCUCUCCAAGUUCCCGACUAUGCUGCCGUCGAACGUCGAAUUGGGUUAUGGUAACGUGCUUGAGCCAUUCCCAGAAGCCCUUCAACAGACUUUCGACCUUGUCCACUUACGACUCUUGGUGGGUGGCAUUGAAAAGCACGACUGGGUAUCGGCAGCACGCAACAUCAUGAGUCUCCUUCGGCCCGGCGGGUGGGUCAUUUGGGAGGAAACGGGUCUGCCGGUCCGCAAUGUCCUGCCUCCCAAGCCCGGGUGGUCAAAGUUCGCGGAACUGAGUUGGCAAGUCUCAGACGCUAGGAAUAUGGACCUGAGGAUGCCCGCGACCUUGAACAGGUAUCUGAGCGAAGCAGGCUUCGUCAAGCUCGACGAGAAAGUCUUCAACAGCGCCUCAGACGAGAAUCUUGACGGCGCACUCAACGAGAUGAUGAUUGGGUUGGCCGAGCAAAGUCUUGCAGGCAUUGUCGCGGAUGGGUCUUAUGAGGACAUGAAGACACAGGAAAAGUUACAGUCAGUCAUGAAGGACAUCCGGCGAGAGUUCGACGAAGGUUCAAAGAGCUAUUGGAUUCUUCAUCGGGUCUGGGGAAACAAGCCCGUCUGA